AUGUCUAUCAAAGAAGAAGAGUCGAAGUUAGAAGAAAAAAUAAACAAAGAGCAUUAUGAACCAUCACUUUUUGCAAAUUCAUAUCGAAAAAAAAAAUUUUCCGAUUUGGAAUCUACGUCUCAACCUUUGACUUCUGCCACCUCAUCCAAAAGGGUCCGCAGACCUCGACUAGCUUGGACGUCAGAAGAGGAUGAAGCAUUAUUCAACGCUAUAAAUUCGGUGUUAGCGGGUCAAUGGAAAGAUGUGUGCGCAAAAAGUCCUUUGUUAAAAGCACGCGGUACUAAUAUGACAUCUCAAAGGUUUAAGACAAAGAUUCGAUAUUUUAUUGGAGGAGCCGCGGAAAGGGGAAAAAAAUGA